AUGGAAGAAGCCGUCGUGUCCGCGGUCGUCGCCGACGCGGUGGGCAGGGCGAUAACCUUCCUCGCGGGGCGGCUCCGGGACCGGCGGGGCGUCGAGGGCAAGCUCUUGCGGCUACGGCACCUCGUCGUCAAGCUCGAGAGCGCGGCGGAGGCCGCCGACGCGCGGCGGAUCGCGAGCCGCGCGCUUCUCGAGUGGCUCUCGGAUCUCGCCGACGGCGUGCACCGAGGGCGCUACUUCCUCGACGUGUUCGGCGGCGGCGAGCGCCUGCGCGUCGCGGCCAGGAGGAUGCUGUUCCGCGGCGGCGGCGGCGGCGCUGGCGAGCUCGACGGCGUCCUCGCGAGCGUGGAGGGCGUUUCCUGCGAUCUUGCCGAGUUCAUCAUGCUGCUGCAGUGCUGCCCGCCGGCGCUGCACCGGCCGCUGGCCACGAACAUCUACGUGGAUUGCCAGAUGUUCGGCCGGCACCUCGAGAGGCGCCGCGUCAUCGACUUCUUGCUGCAAGACGACGACGGCGGCGAUGGAGGCGGCGAUCUGGGCGUUCUUCCGAUAAUCGGCGCGCCGGCCUGGGGAAGACCACCCUCGUGCAGCACGUCUGCGACGAGCCCGCCGUGCGCCGCCGCUUCUCGCUGA